GGCAGGACUGAGGACCUGGAGAGUGAAUCAGAGAGUGAAUUGACAGGAUGACUCUGGAAGGACGACGUGAGAGCUUCAGUUCCACCGUGGCAGCCAUGAAGCUAGUCCCUGGUGAUAUCGCAAAACGGCUGGAGGAGAUGGUGUUGCUGACAGCUCAGAAUCUGCCCCAGGUGGAAGUGACCAGUAGUUACACCAUCCUCCGGGAACUGGGCAGCGGCUCUUACGGACAUGUCCUGAUGGCAGUCCACCAGCGUCAAGGGACCCCCAUGGCACUGAAAUUUGUACAUAAAAAAGACACAGAGCUGCAAGAUUUCCUGAGCGAAUACUGCAUUGCGCUGACCCUGGGGGCUCAUCCCUGCAUCGCCACAGCCCUUGGCAUAGCCUUCCAGACCCCGCAGCACUAUGUCUUUGCACAGGAGCUGGCCUUGGCCAAUGACUUCUUCUCACUCAUGGUGCCACAGGUUGGUGUGCCUGAGCAGCGGGUCAAACGCUGUGCUCUUCAGCUGGCAAGUGCCUUGGACUACAUGGAGACCAAGGGGUUGGUCCACCGUGACGUCAAACCAGAGAAUGUGCUGCUGUGUGAUCCCGAGUGUCGGCGCAUCAAGCUGACUGACUUUGGGCUGAGCUGCCCGCGGGGCCACCUCAUCGAGGCCUUGCCAGAGAGUCUGCCCUACACGGCGCCCGAGUUGUGUGUCCUGGGCCCCAAGGCUCGCCUGGAGGCCCAGCCCAGCCUGGACACGUGGGCCCUAGGAGUGCUUCUCUUCUGUGUGCUCACCGGCUACUUCCCCUGGCUCACGGCUGUGCCCGCCGACCGGCAUUACCGCACUUUUGCCUGCUGGCACCGCAGCCCUCGCUUUGCCCCACGGCCACCUCACUGGGAGCGUUUGACGCCCCCAGCACUGGAGAUGCUGAAGGGCCUGCUGAUGCCCAACCCUGCUCACCGUCACCCUGCCAAGGAGGUGAUGAAUUAUAUCAAAGCUCCUUGGUUGUUGCCAGAGACCCAGAGCCGGGUCUGGCCCAGCAGGGACCAUCUUUUGGGCACUAGUCGGCGGUGCUGAGAGACAAGGCCAGAUGAGCAGACUUCCCCUGUAGUCAUUGAGGGACCAAAGACACCCAUCACCAAACUAGACACUUCCUCCACCUUGGGGAUGAAGAGACCCUCAACCCAGCCUGGAAAACAGAGAAAAGACUGCGUCCUCCUCAGAAGGGCCGAGCCAACCGCCAGGGCAGGGAUGGAGGAGCUGACUCAGGGGACCAUUCCCUCCUAUGUGACUUCAUCUUGUCAGGGACGACCGCCCUGCUGCCCAGUGUCCUAGCCCAGCUCUGUAUCAGAAACUCAGACACUGAUUUCAGCCUCUCCUUGGUCAGUAGCUGACUAUAUGAUCCUUGAAAGAAAGCCUCGUGGGAAGGAAUCAGAUGAGGCUACAUUUAGUGGGCCCAAAUGCCUGGACAUUUCCUACUACCUCCCUGAGAUCAGAUGGACUAAAUGUCCAUAAACUUGCUUCUGGAUGAACGGGAUGGAAAUGAAUUGCUCCUCCUCUACCACAAGAACAGCUAGAAUGAUUCAGUAUCUUCCCAGUUGUCUACGGACCCUUAUCCAAAGCCAGUCGUGCUUCGCAACACUGUGGGCAUUGAUCGUGGAUGCCAACAGGCAUUCAUACAGCUCUUAAUCCGAGCCAGUUUGGAGCGCUUAAAGAUGUUUUCUCCUGAAAGUUAGGAGGUGAUUGUGAAAAUGCUUUGCCUGGACUCAGGGCUGGAGAGCUACCAGGAGCAGUUUGGUUUGGACAGAGCUACCCAGAGGUUUGAGACUGACAUUUCUGUGACUCUAGCACUGCCUUCCUGUAGGCAUGUUUACAAGCUGCUGUAUUACCUGCUCAACGUGUACAUUUGUAAAUAAAGAAUUGUUAUGAAAU